AUGCCGCUGAAGAAAUACGUCAUCGCCGUCGCCCAGCCGAAGCAGAGGAAGUCGAGGGCGCCACCGUCCAAGCCCCCUGGCAUGUCCAACGCCGACUGGAGGGCGCAAGUUCAGCGCCGGGAGGCUGUCACUGCUGACCUGCGGAACAGGGCCAACGCCAAGAAGGCCCGGGACAGCGCGGCGCUCGCGGCUGCGGCGGCGGCGGAGCAGGCGGAGCGCUUGGCCGAACAAACCAAGGCGGUUCGCGUGGGGAUGAUGAAUCCACCCGGCGGCCAUGCCGCCUACGCGCCGUGGAGCCAGCAAAGCGUCGGCUCUCCGGUCGGCUUCUCGUCGUCGCCCCAACCCUGGGGCUGCACGCCGUCGUUGGGCUAUGUGGCAUAUUUCCAACACUAUGCCGACGGUGACGCGCAUGGCGGGUUCAACCCCAGCAUCACCUUCCCCUAUGGUCACCCGGCCCAGUGGACGCCCUCGCCCACCUUCGCCGGCGUGCAGUACCCUCCCCACACCUACUCACCGCCGGCCUACGCAUCCUCCCCGACGCCCCCUCUUCGUCGUGGCGCGCUGCCCUUCAACCAAGCCUCCAUGUCGCAUCUCGGCGGCACCGACGCGAUCGAAGCCGACAUGGACGACAUCAUCACGGUUGGAUCGGCCGCCGCCGCCGCCGACCUCGACUACGGCGAGGAGGAGCCGAAGCCGGAGGAGGAGGAGGAGCCGGCGCCUGCUCCGGCAAGGAAACGGAAGAAGAAGGGGGCGGCCAGGACCAGCGAGCUGCGCAUCAAGUGGGCGUGCAAGGAGGACGAGUGCCUCGCCGAAGCGUGGAAAGUUGUCUGCCUCGACUCAAUCACCAGCACGAACCAGAGCAUCGACACGUAUUGGGACCGUAUCAAGGCUGAGUUCGACGAGCGCAAGCUCGUCGACCCCUACUUCAAAGGCGUGUACAUCCAACGCGGGGCAAAGGCAAUGACGAACCAUUGGGGGCUCAUCCAGUCGGCGUGCAACAAAUGGCAUGGGAUCAUCGAGGAGAUCGCGGCUCGCCCGAAGAGCGGCGACAGCAUUGAAGAUCAGGACAGUAGCAACCAAGAUUUCAAGUACCUCCACGUCUUCAAGCGGAUCGAGAAGUGCGGGAAGUGGGCGGAUGUCCGGCGCACCCUCGCCAAGGCCAAGGAGACCUACAAGCCAGACGCGCCAACGCCGGGCGCGGGCGACGGGCGCCCCAAAGGUAACAAAGGGGCCAAGAAGGGGAAACACGCCGACUCGGGUACCACGCGAGUGCAGGAGUCCAUUGAGCAUUGCCUCGCCUAUGCACAGGCCCGGGCCGCCCUGCGUGAAGAGAAGACCGAGGCGCGGUGGUCGGCAUUGAUGACGAACAACACCGUCAAGCUCGACCUACUCCGGACCAACGUCGCCGUGAAGAAGAGGAACACCGACAUGGAUUUCCUGUUGGGCGGGGCGGACAUGCUCCAGAGCAACGAUGAGCAGGUCAAGGCGUGGUACCUGGCGGAGCGCGGCCUCAUCCUGAACCAGCUGUCGUCGACGGCGCCGCCAACACCCACUCCCAUGCCCACGCCGACGACGCCGCCAAGCCCGAGCGACGACGCCUCCACGACGCCCAGCAGCACCGAAGCCGCGCCGAUGCCGCCCAGCACAGAAGUGGCUCCGAAGCCGCCAAGCCCGUGCACGCCGAAUCCGCCAAGCCCGCGCACGCCGAAUCCGCCGACGUCGGAGGCCGACCCCGCCGUUUGA